AUGUCUAACAUGGCCGUUUCCUGGGAAAAGUCUCAACACACUUCUCUCACCUUAUGGGAUAUCGAUCGCGAGCUCCAAGACGCGUACGAGACGUAUGAGCAAUGGCAAGCGCGUCAUCGUCGCACACGCUCUCGCUGGGCAUGCAUCCCCGGAAAGAACCGAGAUGAUGCUGUUGGGAAAGCUCUGAGUCUUGGUCGCCAGGUUCAUAGAGUUCUGGAAUCGGGAAAACAGGCGUUUGGCACGCGCUUUGAAGAAGGAGAUUUAAAAUGCAACACCAUCCUGUCGGCACAACUACUUCGGGUCCAAUAUGAAAUCAGACAACCACUUUAUGACAGUGUUUUUUCGUCAACUCCAACUAUUCCCAUUGAUGAAAUCAUCAUGACCGCGAAAAGCAUUCGUCGUGCUUGCCUGACCGCUUUGCGCGAUCAAUAUGCGCGUCUCGAAUCACCGCUUCUCUCGCCAAUCCUUCCACCACCACGAUUCAAAGUCGAGUUCUGCCCGUUCGCAAACCAGCUCCGCAAAGACCUCAAGGAAUCUAAGCAAAGUAAUUUAAGGCCGAAAAAAGCGAACCCUCAUGACAAGUACGAUGACCAAGAGAUCUGUCCUCACUGCGAUGCAUGCAUCUCCGUAGCCGCUCACUCUGGACUACCAGCUUACCGAUGUAUUCUCUUCACGUCGCACAUUGCACUGGACCCGGUGUCGAAAGAUGACAAAGCGACGUUUGCAUGCAACAGCUGCUACAAGACUUUCGACGACUCAUACGCCUUCCUUGAUCACUUCUUCCAAAAGCAGAUUGGAAGCGAGCGAAGUUGCUUGAGAGUUUCGAUUAGCAAAUCAAGCUCAACCUGGUUGCUUAGUGAGGACUACAUCGACAGUGAUCCUUCACUCGUCGAACAGUGUCUCAAGAACUGCCUAGAGAGAGAAUCUAUGCGGGACAGGAGACACAGGAGAAUGAAGAGCCAGAUCACCAUACGGCAGGUCCAUUCGAAAGAGAGCUUCAAAAACAAGAGCUGAAAACGACCCACCUGCGCAACAAUAACAACGACGACCAUUUAUGACAAUUACGCGAAUACAUCAUCACGCAACACUGCAAGCUUUAGUCAUCUCAGCUGGUUCUGCUAUGCCCGUCCUGGCUAUCCAGGAGCGCGUUCUCCCGACGACUAUCAGCUUCACAACACCCUACGCCAUUUAUCCUUCUUGUCCUAUACCCAGAUUCUUGUACACAUACCUAUCAUCUACUUCAUGUCUAAUGCAGUAAUGUCUCUCUCAG